AUGUCUAAUGAAAAUGCUUUAGAUUUAAAACACGUACACGAAUGUUUUCAGAAGUGUUUGCAAGAUGUCGACGAUGUGAUUAUAGAGGCGUAUAUCGACGGUUACAAUGAAUUAGUAAAGUUCCUAAACCUCAUCGGAACAGUAUUUUCAUUUGUGAGCAGCGAUGUGAAAAGCAAAAUCAAAAUUAUGGAGAAGCUUAGGGACGGUGAAGAUGCCAUAUAUUACGAGUCCUUUAAAAAAAUGAUGAAGUAUGAAAAAGAGACAAACUUGCAUGAAAAGAAUGGUUUCGUAUCUGGUUCAAGAACAAUGUUGCGUUUACAUCGAGGCUUAGAUUUCAUCAGAUUGUUUUUAAAGAGAAUAAGUGAAGCAGAUGAGGCUAUGAACACAUGUACAACAUGCCAGGGUUCCUACAAUGAAACCCUGGCUGAGUUUCAUCCGUGGUAUAUUAGAAAAGCUGCAACUCUUGCCAUGCACGCAUUGCCAUCCCGACCAGAUCUACUAAAAAAGAUCUUCGGCUCGGAAGACAAGCUCGCGGAGGCGUUACAAAUCUUACCGCAAACUCUACAAUCCUGCGACGAAGUUUACAGGCGAGUCGAACAACUAUACACUGAUUUUGAUUUUCACGGCUUGCCAUAA